GAAUUUCGCAAAAAUAAAAUGUGAUGAAAAAGUAAAACAAUCCGGGGACCAGAACCUACCAAGGACUCGAAAGCAUUGUGUGUUGUAAUUUGAUCGUCUAUUUCUGCUUACAAAUAUCAGCAAAGCAUCCCCAUUUUUACAUUGCUCUUACUAUAGAUGAAUUAACACGGGUAUCAAUUACGAAUCGUACGACUAAAACUGGUCUGAUUUUACUGGGUGUAUGGUAAGAAGUGGUUUAAUCCGCAGGCGAUCCCCGUGGUCUUCGUUGUUUGUCAACAUGGUCAAAUCCAUUCAAAACCUCGUUAUUGUGAACAAAGCUCAGAGGGGUAAAAAUUAAUCCGUCCUUGAUUCGACAAAUGCCACUUUCUUAAAACAUUCAGAGAUUGUGCGAGUAUAUAAAUAUACACGAUGGAAGAACAUCGAAGAUUCUCCUGCAUGACCGAAAACGAACACGACCUGUACGAAAUAAAAAGGAAAAUGAAGUCAAUGACCAAAAGUUCAUCGACAGAUACAAUCAUCAACAACGAGUCAUCGCCGACACAGAGAAAAUCCGGCCUCAUUAGUAGGAUGAAAAAGAGGCUUGCAAUGAACUCCUCUAGCCUCAACAGUGUUCAAUCAUCAUCCUCCAUUGGAAGCGGAAUGGAUAAUCUCAGCGCAUCACCAUACGAAAACUAUCUGGAUUUAUCCUCUGAUAGCUCCAGCGAAGAAGAGGAAGAAGAUUGUCACGUGACAGAAAAUCCAGAUGGUCACGUGAACGCAAUCUUCACAUUCGAUAAUGAUUCUUAUCCUCGUGCUGCUUUAAUGAAAAUUUUCGGAUGUGAAGGUAAGCAGAAAGGCUGUUUCAAAGAUGCCACGGAUGUGCAGAGUUUGGGCAGGGGAAAGUGUAUAGUAACAGACAUGAUCAAUGGACGAAUUUCGACCUUCAACCGAGAAGGUAGACCAAAAAUCAUAAGGUGUAGUUGGGCAUUAAGAGAACCAUGGUCCUCAGCCAUAAUCUCAGAAAAUAAAAUCGCCGUCACAUCUAGAAAAGACAAAAAUGUAUCAGUCAUUUCAAUGCAUGGAGAUAUUCUGUUCUCUUUUGGAGGUAACUUUUUUCAGUGCCCUUCUGGUGUAGCGGUAGACAAAAUUGGUCGGUUCAUAGUAACGGAUGCGUUAUCUAAUGACGUGUCGGUUUUUUCUCCGGAGGGAAAAUGGUUGUUUAAUCUUGGAGACCCAUUGUCACCCAUUCAGCAGUUCCAAUCUCCCCGCUAUGUACAUAUCAGCAUCAAUGGCGACAUAAUUGUGUCUGAUUCUGGAAAUCAUUGCGUCAAAGUCUUUAAUGAACAUGGUAACUUCAAAUUCGCAUUUGGACAAUUUGGCCGUCAGGAGGGAGCGUUUAAGUCUCCUCAUGGCGUGACGUCAGACGGAGAAGGAAACAUCAUCGUGGCGGAUCAUUACAACGACCGUGUGGCAUUAUUCUCAAAGAGAGGGGAAUUCCUCAGAAACAUUGUUUCAGCAGAAGACGGGUUGUUGCAUCCACAGGGUGUGGCGCUGUCUGGUGAUAUGCAUUUGUUUGUCACACAUGGAAAAAUGAAAGCUACAGAAGUUAUAGUUUAUUCAUUUAAUGAUAAUCAUCUUGAAAUUGUGUGAAUUUUGAGCAUUUUUCAUUAUGUUUAAUACCAAAUUACAUGUUGAAAAUUUAUCCCUGUGACUAGAUAGUUUAA